CAACCUCCCAAUUAAUCCCAGACCUUGGCGUUUAGAUGCAUGACUAAGGACAGGAGGCUCUACAGCAGUUUUCUUCGGGGAGCUUUUAGGUGAUUUGGAAAAACAACGAGUCGAUAUUUCCUUGUCCCCCCUUGAAGACGCUCCCGUUUGGACUCUACCGAUUUACCGCAAUAAAGUGGGUUUAACCAGAGUUUGAAUUUACACACGAGAUUAUUCUCAAAAGUACUUUUCUUGGGACCUGAAGUCUUUAUUACCGCCGCUGGAUAUAGUUUUCAUUUCAUUCAAACAGAAAGGAUGUAUCGAAACUUUGGGAGUCAAGGGAGAGGCCACCCGGCGUACACAGGCAGCGUCUCUGCGUCAGACUCCCAGGGAACCUCCAGCCCUUCUACUACACAGCAGGAGCAGAAGUUUACAAUGGCUAGCAGCGGUCAGUUUGUACCAAGCCUGAAUACCAUCACAAGCAACCAGGACCUCCAGUGGUUGGUCCAGCCCACUCUCAUGCAUCCGCCGGGCCCUUCCCGAUCUCCAGUGCCUCCCUACCCAACUCUCUCGGGGUCACGGCCUCUGGGUCCACCGCCUUCCCAUCUUUUCAGACCAGGGAUCAUAAGGCCAGCCGCACACCCUACUGCUUCGACAAGGCGCAGGAGCGAUGAACAUGUAAGAAAUGAAGCAACAGAUCGGUUAUCCCAAGAAGAGAUGCAGAGACGCAGAAUACGAAGGGAGAGGAAUAAGCUGGCAGCAGCCAAAUGUCGCAAUCGCCGCCGGGAGCUGACAGAAACGCUGCAAAAUGAGACCGACCAACUGGAGGAUGUGAAGUCCAAGUUGCAGAAGGAAAUAACUGAACUACAAAAGGAGAAAGACAAGCUUGAGCUGGUCCUGGAGGCUCACCGUCCCAUUUGUAAAAUUGAGGACUCGGAUUCGGAUUCUGACCCGAUUCCAUCAACCUCCUCUGUGGGAGGCAUCAAACUGGAGCCACAGGAGUUCAGCAGACCCCGGUCCUCGAUCAAGCUGCCGCCGAAGACGGAGAGGCCAAAACCGAAGAUCACCAUCCCCACCAAGCCCGUGACAUCGGCGGCCUCCGCCACUGAAUCCGAGUCUCUCCACACCCCGGUUCUGACGCCGUCUCUCCUGGCCUUCACGGCUGGUAUGGUGUUCACCUAUCCCUCUGCCUCUUCAGACACCGCCGCCUCCGCCACGCCCCACGCCACGCCCCACGCCACGCCCCACGCCACGUCACACCAGGGAGGCACCCACCAGUCUCAAGCCCCGCAGCCAUGCGGAAUAGCUCAUCGCCGCAGCAGCAGCAGCGGAGACCAAUCGGAUCACUCCCUGCACUCGCCGACCGUAAUCAGUCUGUGAUGCAAUGCCGCAGAACACUACUGUUGAUUUCAUCACGUGUGACCAAGAGUGUCUCCGGUGAACCGGAGGGAAGUGAGAAUGAGAAGAGAUCCGGAUAACCAUUUCAAAAUGAGUGCAUCUGCGUCAUUUCUUCUCUUUAGAAAGUGGGUUCUUUGAGAUGAAAUGCUAAUUAGUAGCAGGAAGUGACACUCCUUUAAGUAUUGAGUCUUUAUGAUACUAAAGCUAUCAUUAUAGCUAAUAGCUGGAAUGAGUUGGUUUGAGGUUAAAAACUAAGCAUUGCAUGCAGAAUUCUAGAAUAGUACAACUCAGAUAACUACAUCUGAUAAUAUAUUAUAAUAGCGAUAACUCUAUAAAAUAAUGCAUUUAAUACUUUUUUACAUUGUUACGUUAUGUUGUGUAACAUUUGAUGAACUUCCCCUCAAAGGGAAAUAGAGUACUUAUUCAUGUGAAUGGUCCUUAUUUUUCUAUCAAUCUUUUAUGAAUUCUAAUAUUGUCGAUGCAAAGAUUUGACCACUAAGGCUGGGCCAUAGGAGUUAAUAUAGAUCAUGUUAAACCAUAUUUAUUCUUGAGAGCGUAAUAUAUAUUUUUCAAUGUUUUUAUUGUCUGACGGAUGAACUAUUUUGGUGGGCAGUGCCUUACUUUAAUCUCUUCUUAAAGAUCUACUACUUCACAGGCAAUAAAAAGCAAAAGUUAAUAACCAUGUGAUAUUUGUGAUGGUGUGAUAUUAUUAUUAUAAAAACAACAAAAGAAUAUGAUUAAACUUAACCGCAUCUACAAGUGAACACAUGUCAGAUUAAAUUAUUUCGAAUUGUAAUUGAACACAGACACCACAGAGACCGUGAAUAUUGAGAGGAGUUUUUGAUUCAGCUGAUGGAAUAUUGAUCUGCAGCUUUUUUUAAAUUAAGCAAUAAAAAAUAAAUAUUUUCAGGUUGCAGCUUACCCAUCGUGCCGCAUUUAAUACCAUUGUAAACCAAAUAUCUGCGUGUGUUGGUCAACUAAAAAAAGGACACUUAUUUGACCCCAGUUAUAACCAUAUUAUCUCUCCUUUCCUAAAUUUCAGAUGAAAUAACAAAUUUUUAAAAUGACAUGACUAUGUUCUGUUUUUCUGUGUUUAAACAAAUGGAGCGAAUCUCCAACUAAUACAUACAUGGCUCAGGGGGGAAUUGAGAAAUUGAAUUGGUUGAAGAGAG